AUGUUCUCUCUCCGCUUUGCCAGACCAGCCUUCAGGGCCGGAGCCACCGCUCUCCGCGCUCCUCUGUCCCAGAGAACCUACGCCACGGCUGUUGCGGACAAGCUAAAACUGUCUCUUGUCUUGCCCAAGGAGACCAUCUACAAGUCCGCCGACGUCGUCCAGGUCAACAUUGCCGCCGAGUCCGGUGACAUGGGUAUCCUCUCCAGCCACGUUCCCAGCAUCGAACAAUUGAAACCCGGCCUCAUCGAGAUCAUCGAGGAGGGUGGUCAGACUAAGAAGUUCUUCCGUAUGCUAUAUCCUUUCCAUCCGACUCUUGCUCAAUUUCUGCAACUCAAUAUCAAGCCAGCCGGAGUCUUGGCAUCGAUAUCAAGUUUUUUUAUAUUGGUUGCUGGUGGAUUCGCCGUUAUGCAGCCAGAUUCCAACCUCAACAUCAACGCCGUUGAGGGUUUCUCUCUUGAUGCUUUCAGCGUUGAUGCCGUCAAGUCCCAGCUGGCUGAGGCCCAGAGACUCGCCUCCGGUACUGGAAGCGAGAAGGAAAUCGCUGAGGCCAAGAUCCAGGUAGAGGUGCGUUACAAUCCGUGA